AGCGCUGGGUUGAGCAGCAGGGAGACCGAGCGAGAGCUGCGGCGGAGUUCCUACAGGGCCUGCGAACGGAGGACUGAGGACAACGAAAAGCACGCUGAACGGGAUUUUCCAGCGCUCUCUUCUGCAUGCACUCACGCCGAGACUAACCGGGAAUAAAGGCUGUUUCCACCCGUCUCUAUUGGCUUCUCCAGAUUCGUCCAGAGGCAACCUGUAAAGAGGGACUCCAUGAAAGAUGUCAGAGGAGGUGAUUGUUAUUGCCAAGUGGGACUAUACGGCACAGCAAGACCAGGAACUUGACAUUAGGAAAAACGAGCGUCUGUGGCUCCUGGAUGAUUCAAAAACAUGGUGGAGAGUACGAAAUGCGUCCAACAGAACAGGUUAUGUUCCUUCCAAUUACGUUGAACGCAAGAACAGUCUCAAGAAAGGAUCUCUGGUGAAAAAUCUCAAAGAUACACUCGGCCUGGGAAAAACAAAGCGUAAAACUAGCACACGGGAAGCUUCUCCGACCCCCAGCACAGAUGAGUACUCGUCUAACGGUGGAGGAGCCGAACGAAUAUACGACCUGAAUGCUCCAGCCAUAGUCAAGUUUGCCUAUAAUGCAGAACGGGAGGACGAGCUCAGUCUGGUAAAGGGGUCACGGGUGAUGGUGAUGGAGAAAUGCAGUGACGGCUGGUGGAGAGGCAACUAUAAUGGUCAGAUGGGCUGGUUUCCCUCCAACUACGUCCAGGAGGAGGAGAUGGAGGACACGUCGGCUGACCUUCCCGCUGUCUUCUCCUCGCAGCCAGGCCUCAGUAAUGGCCAGAGCUCCAGAGUGCUUCACAGUGUUCAGACGCUUUACCCUUUCAGCUCUGUCACGGAGGAGGAGCUGAACUUUGAGAAGGGCGAGAUAAUGGAGGUGCUGGAGAAGCCAGAGAAUGACCCUGAGUGGUGGAGGUGUAAGAACUGCCGUGGGCAGGUGGGUUUGGUGCCAAAGAACUAUGUGGUUGUGCUCAACGAUGGUCCAUUAUCGACAGCCUCAGGCUCACAUUCCCAGCAGAACAGCCACACGGGACCAUCCCACACAGGGCUGUUCGCCGGAAAGGACUGGUACUAUGGCAGCGUGACACGACACCAGGCUGAGUGUGCACUGAAUGAGAGAGGGGUGGAGGGAGACUUCCUUGUGCGGGACAGCGAGUCCUCUCCGAGUGAUUUCUCAGUUUCUCUAAAAGCAGUCGGGAAGAACAAACACUUCAAGGUGCAGUUGUCCAACGAAGUUUACUGUAUCGGUCAGCGGCGCUUCAACAGUAUGGAUGAACUCUUAGAGCACUACAAGAAAGCUCCCAUCUUCACUAGCGAACAUGGCGAGAAGCUUUACCUUAUCAAGCCCCUCCAGUGACCUUCCACACACAAACAAGCCUUACAACUAGACCUCACCCGAGCCAAGAGAUCUGCAACUCCUACUAAACGCUCAUUUCUCACCAGCAAACGGGACUUAAUACCAACCUAGAGGAUUUUACAUUGUAACAAUGAGGCGAAAUGUGAUUUUGGCCCCUGUUUCUGAUGUUACUUCAGCUGUUCAACUUGAAGUGGUUUAUGAAAAUGAUUGUCGCCUUUUCUAAGUGAUACUUUAGGCACUUGGGCAUUGACCGACAGUAACUAUUCUGCUUAUUGACUUUUUGAGAUACAAGGAAAACAGGUAAAAAUAUAGAGCGUUUUGGGAGCAUAAUGUUCAAGAUUGUCAAAAUAAAACCGUCAAGAGUGGAAGUACAAGAAACUGUAUGUACAUAGGAGUUGCCAAAGAGCUAGUUGGUGACAUGUACUUGUCGCCCCUUGCUGGAUGAACUGAGAAAUGUCAACAGGAGGGUCUUUAUAUGAUGAAUGUUUUUUUAGAUGCUUAACCAAAUGUGCCACCUUCACAUUCAAGCACUGCUCAUCUGAU